UUGGCCUAGCAGUUUCAAUCUAGCCCAAAUGUUUUCCGCUUUCCCUUUUAAAAUGCAGAAGAAAAGAAAAAAUGGAGGGAAAAUCAACCCAGGAAUAUGUCUAGAAGGCGCCUCCGUAUAGUCUGCUCUUCCGACGAAGAAGCAACGCCGCCGCCGCCGCCACCGCCACCACCACCGCUACAACAACUAGAGGAAGAGAUAGACGACGACAUACUCGACGACAUCGAAAUCGAUUUCCAAACAGUGAACAUCAAUUCCUCAAACCCUACCCCCAACAGCAACAUAUCGACCGCCACAACCAACACUAGCAGAACCGGGAGCCGAGUCGACGAACCGAUUCCACUCGACAUCUCCGACGAAGACGAGGAGAAUAUCACCACCGGUGACACCACCAACGGCCCCAAUUUCCACAAUUCGAGCGGUGAUAAUGGUUAUUUCGAGGCAUCGGAAUCUCCGGUGAAUGGCGUUCUGGAGAGCCUAGGGCUGAGAUUGAAGAGGGAAUGGUUGGAUUCCUGCUUGCGUGGGCUCCAGUCAUCGGUGUCGGGGUUUCAGGGGAUGGACGCUUCGGCAAAGGCGAGGCUUUGCUUCGAGCAGUUUUUGUGCUCGGAUAUGAAUUAUUGUGGGGCCGGAGUGCUUCCUCCGAACGUGCAGGCCUUGAAUUUGGUUGACCUCAAGGGGCCUUUCGUUUUGCAGGUGGACGAGAUUGUGAAUAUCAGCUGCCCUCUUCGUGGAAGGUACCAGAAUCUUCCACCCGGAAACAAGAGGUGUCUCAAGUUGUCGAUGACAGAUGGCGUCCAGCGUGUCUACGGCAUGGAGUAUAGACCUAUCAAUGGUCUUCAAGUUCUGGCUGCUGCUGGAUUCAAGGUAGUUGUUUGUAAUGUAAAUAUUAGGCAUGGCAUGUUAAUGUUGGUUCCUGAAGCUCUUGAAGUUUUGGGAGGCUCUGUGGAGGAGAUGGAAGCUGCACGACAGAGGCUUGUAAUCGAAAUAAAUAAGCCACCACGGGGUAAAAGAAAUCGGACAGGAGUGAUUCCUCCUCUUGCAACUAGAGCAACUCGUGCUGCGUGGCCAUCGCAAACUGAUGCUGAACCAGCCCAUGCGGAUAGAAAUACGACAGCACCACAACAUGCGACUGGGCGAGGAGCUGCAGUUAGUAUCCCGGCCAAUGAUACGCAUGGACAAGUCCAUGCAACUCCAUUGAACAGAAAUAAUGCCGAGCCCAACUCUUCAGCUGCAGCUCGACCACAAGAACAUGAAGUUCCGAGGCGUACUAAUAUCCCUGCAAGUACACCUUUAUCGGUUGCCCGAGGAACUGCAUUUUCCACCCCUGCUAAUGACAUGCGUAGAGAAGAAUUCAGAGUUCCUGUGAGUAGGAGAAAUGCCGAGCCUAGUACAUUCUCUACAUUGCAUCCACCAGAUCGUGUAACUAUUCCACAAAAUCUUGAUGAAGACAUGGCAGAAGUAACGACACCUUCAACGGCAACUAGGCAAGCGACCCCAUCAAACAUGACCGCAAAUCACAUGCCUGAGGAAGAUGUCAGAAUUCCAGUCAGUAGAGAAAAUACCGAGCCUACCACAUCAUUUACCGGACACAUUGAUUUUGAGGAAGUACAAACGGGGAACGAGAUGGAUCACCAUUUUAUGCUCCCCACUGAUAGAGAAGCUCCUUUUACUUACUUGGCUAGCCUAUCAGCAAAGUGUGCGGGAAUUGACGAUGAAGCUUCUGUUGUUCGUGGAAAAAUUAAGUGCUUUCUGACAGGCGUUAAGGGAUUUCAGUACAAGCAAAAGCCUACGUACGAGCUUCGAGUUUAUAUCGAUGAUGGUAGCCUCAUCUCUGAGAUCCUCAUUGACCACAAAGUUGUACAGAAUGCAAUAGGUUAUUCUCCUCAAGAGGUUAUUGCUGCACUUGCAUCUUCAGAACCCAAACGGGUCACCGAGAUGAAGGAGACGAUGAAACAGUUCCAGAUAUUUUUGGUUAAUUUCGAGGGGACAAUGGUUGUAGAAAUGCAUAAAGCUUCUCCAGUUCCAGUUGCUGUCGAAAUGGAACAAGGCUGUUUUACAUCCGAUGCUUGGUCGCUACUCAACAGACUUAAAUCCUCUGCUUUCGCUCAGCCAACGAACGUAUCUCGUUAUUCGAAUCAUAUUAAUUUAUCACCUUAAUCCAAUACUCAUAUUUACUUUCUAGAAGAAAACAAAAUCAUCAGCUGCAACAAACUAUGUAAAAAGUUCAUUUACGCUGCGCUGGUUGUCUUUUAUUCAUAGUACAAUAAUUUCAUUACAUCACCUCGGUAAAAAUCCCAUUUACUUUUUAA